CAUCACUGCACAUCAACAAUGAUCGCUCGUUUAUCUGCAACUGUAUUGUCCCCAUCCCGCAGAUCUGUACUUUGCUGCAACGAAUAUCGCACCCUGUCACAUUUCCGACGCAGUGGCAGUGGCAGCGGUAGGUCUACAUUUUCACAAUGGAUCUACAACAAAAACGUAGUCCGACACAAUGCGUCGUCGCCAUUAUCAUUGUCAUCACCAUCACCAAUACCAUUACCGCUGCUGUUUCAACAAGUUUGUUUCAAGAGCACUGAAUCAAAUGCUUCCUCUCAAGAUCCCUUUGGUCGUAAAGAAGCCGCAAAACGUCGCCAUGAAGAGAAAGGAUCCAAUAAUACGGGUGGUUCAAAAAUUACAUUGGAUGAUGGCUCUAAACAGGAUGCAAAAGACGACCCUCGAAAGCAGGCUGUGGACGAGAAGAAGGAUGCCCAACAGUUUCAGGCAGCACGAUUGCCUAUUGUCCUCUGUCAUGGUUUUUUUGGAUUUGACACGCUUGGAACAAACCCUGGUCUUAGUAUUGAUUACUGGUAUGGCGUUCGAGAGGCAUUGACCGAGAUUGGAUGCGUUGUUCAUACUGCCAAAGUUCCACCGUUUGCGGCGAUCGAGAAGCGUGCUGCUGAGCUGACAAAAUAUCUCGAACGGACGGUGCCUCAAGGAUCAGAAGUCAACAUGAUUGGACAUUCCAUGGGUGGGCUCGACUGUCGCUAUUUGAUCUCUCAAUUGAAAUCACGUCACUUCAAAGUUAAAUCCUUGACCACUCUCGGGACACCUCAUCGUGGAUCCUCAUUUGCAGAUUACAUCAUGUAUGAUCUAGUGGGUCGAAACAGACUCGAAGCCUUCUGGACUGUGUUAGGUGCGGUAGGGCUCGAGCGUGGUGCGGCUGAAAAUCUGACGGUGGAAUAUCUUCAAAAUGAAUUCAAUCCAAAGACACCGGAUGAUCCAGACGUUGCCUAUUUUAGUUAUGGAGCGUCUUUCAACCCUGGAUUGUUUUCACGCUUUCGAUUCUCAUGGAAGGUGCUCAUGGACCGGGAGGGGCCGAAUGAUGGACUUGUGAGCGUCCAGAGUGCGAAAUGGGGCAAAUAUAUAAAGACGAUUCCCAAUGCAGAUCACAUGGAUCUAAUGAACUGGGUCAAUGCUUUAGCAUGGAGUCGUGCUAGAUUUCCAUGGAUCGUAGGUGGAUCGAGUCAUGAUCCUGAGGGCCGUCCCAAGGGUGCAUUCGAGACCGAUAAUGAUGAUGAGGAAGACAAGGAUCAGCCCUCAGAGGAACCACCUUUGUUCAAUGCGAUUGAAUUGUAUCUGGAGAUCUCUGAUAUGUUGUAUAGACAUGGCUUAUAGAUACCAUGAAACAUUUCGAUAGAUGUAGGUGAAUAAUAGACAUUUAAUACAUUAUUCUUUAGCACCCGUACAAUAAAACAGCAUUGCAUUGGGUAG